ACACCGUACACGACGUCCAGCGGGGUGGAGCCAGCAAGUGAUGUGAUCAAGGACUGAAGGAGUCUCGGAAUUCUGAUAUUCUACCCAAACGUCAUCUUUUGUGGAAUAACUACAAUAGACAAGAGCCAUUCUAGAAAAAGAAGACUAUAUAAACUUCUAGAGGCAUUUUGGGAAAAACAAUUAUUUUAGAGAGGAUAUUUCAUUCAAGAUGAAGUACUCAAUUUCCUGUGUGAUAUUGCUGACAUUGGUUGGAGGAAUUGCUAGCAUCCAUGCAAGAGUUAAGCCUCGGCUGCGGGAAGCUGUCCUUAGCAAUUUCAAUCCAUCACUUCCGCGUGUAAUCAAAGCAUUCACAAUACAGCCAGCUAAAUCUCUUGAGAAAAAGAGCCACUACAAGCCAGUUUUGAAUGCUGUUCCUGAUGUGCUGGAGGUGGCUAGAAAAAACCUUGCCACCAAAUUUGCUGAGUUUGCCUCUAACACAUCUUGGUUGAAUGACACGCUGCAUGGUUCCGGGAAUAAAGUGACAGUUUUCGCAUUCUCAGAUGAUGCGUAUAGUCACAGCUCCUCGGAGGUGAAGGCGGCACUGGCAGAUGUCUGGGGCAGAAAUAAGAUUUUGCAGUAUCAUGUUGCAUCAGGGGUUUAUUUCGGCCGUGACAUCAGCGAGAACGAGAAUACGGUCGUUUAUUCUUUGUACCCAUCUCCACCUUUUAAGCCCACUCCCCAGUGGCAAUUUCAGCCCAUCCAACUUGACUCAUAUUUGGUGGAUUCAGGAGGGCGUAGCACGGUGAAGACGGCGAGUGGUUCUCCUAUCACAAAGUUUGAUCUGACGGCUAGUAAUGGAAUUGUCCACAUCAUUGACAGGGUCAUGUACCCGAUACCCACUGGAUCAAACUUGGCCAGAUACUUUGAAUUAGAACCCAAAUACAGCUCCCUCUAUUCUGCACUUGAGACGGCCAACCUCACCCUUGCCAUAUCGACCCCAGACUUCAAGCCUUUGACCCUCCUGGCACCCAACAAUGGUGCCUUUGACAAACUCAGCAAAGCCCAACAGGAGCUACUGAAGAACACCACCAUCCUCCAACAAGUCCUUACCUAUCACGUAAUGGUAGGGUCCUACUACAGUGCAGCCAUCUAUGAGGAUUUCCAGCAUCCUUCCUUGGAAGGUUCUACCAUCUACUUCCAGAAAGGGGCAGGUGGGGUGUCUGCCGAAGGGAAGAUGGUGGUGAGUUUUGAUACAACUGUGACCAAUGGGGUGGUCCAUGAAUUGAAUGGCGUCAUGUUCCCUCGAUCCCUCAACCAUCUUCUGUCCAAAGAGUAAAUAUCUCUAUUCAAAGUCCUUGAUAUUUUCUUAAUGACAGGUUGAAUUAAUGUGAAUUUGGAAUUGCUAUGUAAUGUGAUAAUAAAAAACAUGUUUAUGUCGUAACAGUCAUGUGCAUGCAGUUUUUUAAUCAAGUAACUUGCAUCAGGGCUUGAAUAAAACCAAGACCAUUGAAGGCCAUGGCUGCAGAUGCCAUUUCAACUGGCCUCAAUGCCCAUCUCAUUUGCUUUGGAGAUUUUUGUGCUUUUCUUUCACUUUGUGCUGUAAUAUAUGCAUGUGCCAUAAAAUAUCAAAAUGAAAGGGAUGUUUCAUUGAAUUUGUGUUGUUGAAUUUUGUUCUUAGAUAGUAUUGAACAUAGGUGAUAAUUUUGAAUAUCUUAUAAUCAAUGUGACUUGCUAGUUUUUACCGACCUGCAACCUAAUGUUCAAUUUAUGAGAUUAAAAUGAAAAAAAAAAUAACCUAGAAACUAAUUAAUGAAGCUUUGAAAACCAUUCAAAUUUUUUGCAGUCUAAAGAAAAUUGAAAAUAUAGAAUGAUAGUAUAAAACAUCACUCUAUGAUAAGAGACCAGACAUAAUUCAAUCUUUCCUUGAAAGGCAGGCUUGCUAAAAAAUAUACAAUUAAACAUCAUUCUACAUUUCAACAGUGUUCAGAAAAUAUAGAAAUGCAAGAUGAUCACUCAAACUA